CUUCAGAAAGUAAACAUAAUUAAAAUAAAAAAUAUUGAGAAUAAUGUUUGAUUUGUGCAAUGAGAUAUUUUAAGUUUUCUUAUUUAUAACUGUUUCUGGAUAUUUUACAUAACAUUUAAGAAUACCAAUUGUUUCAUAACACGUCAGUUCGUAUUUCUGGUACUUAUGUAUAGGGUUUACUGAGGGCUGAGCCUAAUCAGUACCUAGACGAAAAUAGACAAUUUGCGUAAUGGAUAUCCCUUACAGAAAGAUUUUAAUUUAUAUGUUAACGUUUGCUGCAUAUGCUUAUACUGGUAUUGGAUCUACUAUGCUUAGAAAUCUUAAAGAUGCAGUUCUAUCAGCAGAGUCAGUUUUCGGUGAUGUAUUCAAAAAUGUCAUUACUGUAGCAGAAAAAUUCAAGUCACUGCACGAUAUUUUUGAUGCUGCUGUAGAAGAAGACUGUAUAUAUAAAUGUCCUGAGGGUAACAAGCCUGUUCGAAAUAAAAAUCAUUCUCCGAAAUCUGAUGGCUGUGGCUCUUUGGGGUUUGAGAUAUCUACUGAGUAUUUGCCACUUGAACAAAUGACGAAAUGUUGUGAUGUACAUGAUAUUUGUUAUGAUACAUGUAAUAGUGGCAAAGAGAUCUGUGAUUUGGAGUUUAAGAGAUGUCUUUACAGUUACUGUGAUACAUAUAAAAGUAUUAAUGUUGCUGCUGAUGCAAUUACAAAAGGAUGCAAGGGUGCUGCAAAAUUAUUGUUUACUGGAACACUGACAUUAGGCUGCAAAUCAUAUUUAGAUGCUCAAAACAAGGCUUGCUAUUGUCCUCCAUCAAAAAACAAAAACAAAAAAUAUGCAACAGGAAAUGGGGAUUUAUAAUGUCAUUCUUUUAUCAGAGAUUCUAAGUGACUCUGUGUUUUCUUAGCCUCACAAGAGCACAGCAGUUUAGAUUAUAAAACUAAGUAGCAUCUACUACAUCAUAAAAUCUUUUUCAAAUGUGAAAAACUUAUGAAAUGGGAAUAUGAAAUAAGUAUAUAAAUAUGUACUCUUUUCCUUCACAGCAGCAGUAUUAGGUAGAAGUAGGUUAGUUUUAAUUUUUGUUAUAUUAAUGGCUGUGAUGUUGCUGCUUAAUAAAAGAAAAAGUUUAAUUUAAGCAUUAAGUUAAUACAGCACAUGCUACAUUUUAUUUUGUUAUCAUUAUUUACUAGUCAUUAAAAUAUUUUGAUUACCCACCACGCCAUCAAUUGCAUAUUGUAUUUGCAAAACUAAUGAUAUAUUUUAUUGUUGGAGCUAUGAAAGCAGCUAAAAUCAGUUUGGUUCUCAUUUACUACAUAUAGAGAGAUACAGUUUAUGAAAAUAAAAAAAUUACUUUUA